AUGAGCAGCGACAGCGAGCUACAAAGGCUUGCAAACCAACAUGUCGUGCUCAAGAGCGGCAUGGGCACUCUAGCUCUUGCUCCGGUCGACUUCACCAGUCCCAAUCUCCGUAUCCUCGACUCAGGAACUGCCGACGGCUUGUGGCUUCGUGAGCUCGAUGAAUCGGUCGGUGGAUCGCAUACCUACGUCGGGACCGACAUCGUUCCGGAAUUCUUCCCCAAGCACCCACCGCAAAGGCACUCCUUUCAUGUGCAAUCCAUAACCCAAGAUUGGCCGGAUAGCUGGGCAUCGACAUUCGACUAUGUUCACCAGCGGCUGGUCCUGGUAGGAGCUGGGCAAAGCCCGCUCAGUGAAUGCAUCGGCAGACUAGCCAAGCUUGCAAAACCGGGCGGAUGGGUUGAGCUCGUCGAAUACGACUUCACCGAAGAGUUGGAAAAUGGCCCGGCGAUCCGUCGGCUGGACCUCAUGAUGCAGAAGAUUUUGGACAAGGUAGGCGUUGGAAUUGACUUCAGCACACGAAUGAAGGGCUACUUGAGCGAUGCUAGCCUGGUAGAUAUGCAAGAGAAAGUUUUCUAUGUCCCGUACGGAGCAGCGUGUUUAGAUGCAGAUGUAGCGAAGAAGGGUGUGGAGCAUUUGGUUACGGCUUCCAUCGGCUUGCAGGGCUACCUUAACGGUAUGGGAUGUGGCAUAUCGGUUUCGAAGCAGUUGAUGGAUUGCUGA